AUGACAAGAGCUCCAUGGAAGCAUGGGCUGAAACAAACUUCCUAUCACCUUCAGCCCUUCGCAAAGAAACGGAGCUACGACUACACAAUGGACAAAUACUGGGCAGACGACGCCAUUCUGGACAUCAAUUUGAUACGGGCAUCCAGCGUGAUUCAUGUCCCCAGAAUGUGGAACGCUUUGAUCAAAUACCGCAAUAUAUGCGCGGUUAACUAG